AUGCUGCAGCUGCUGAAUGCAGCAAACCAGCAGGACUUUGUUGCUACUGGCAUUGGAGAUAUGAUUAUCGCGGUGCCAAAUAGUCCCGGACCGAUGAAAAUGAAACUUACACGAGUCUUGUACACCCCCGCGAUCACAUUCAACUUGAUUUCAAUUGGACACAUUGAUGAUGCAGGCUGCACUGUGACGUUCAGUGGGCAGCGCUGCAAGAUCCACGAUUGUGAUGGCCAUCUUCUCGGAAUGAUCCCGAAGAUGAAGGGGCUGUAUACAGUGGUGCAUCAGCAUGAGAAACUCUCCACGUAUGCUGCACGACAUGUGAAGAAACUUACUGUCAUGCAAUUACAUUGCCUUAUGGGUCAUAUUGCGCCCUGCGCCGUGCGCGAGCUUGUGAUGAAAGGCCUAGUGCAUGGUGUUGAGCUCGUCAAAUCAGAUGAGCCUGAACUUUGCGAAGUGUGCAUUCGUGCAAAGAGCACGAGGCGACCAGUGCCGAAGGAGCACGAGGGAGAGCGGGCAACCGAGUUCAGUGGUGAAGUCCAUUCUGACUUGUGGGGGCCAUCUCGCAUCUGA